AUGGACUGUUCGUCCAUUCCAGACUGUUACGCGGAGAAAGGCGAAGGUCUCAGGCUGCAGGCGAGUCACGUGGAUAAAUACGUGAGUGUUAAUAGCCUGAGGGAGUGUGAAGAGGCGUGCAAUCUUGCCUUUUUCUCCUGCAAGUCUUUCUCCUUCAGCUACUACCACAACCGAGAGCCCGAGAACUGCCUCCUGUCUCGCGAGGAUUCCUACACCCUCGACCUCAGAGACGACCGAGACUUCUACAAGGACUCUGAUUUUGUCUACUACGAGAAGGCAUCGGGGAGAGACUGCGAGUACAAGGAUGACCAUACUUACGGCACUCAGGGCGACAGCUGCUACGAACUGGUCAAGACCCGGUCUCGCAUGGACUCCCGGUACAUCAUCAGGGGCAAAGUGCUCAGGACGAGAGACCGAAGAGAGUGUGAGAUGGAAUGCGACCGGGAAUAUAACUGCAGGGGAUUCAAUUACAGAUUCAAAACUAUCGGCUACGACCAGUACCGGGACAACUGUGAACUGAGUAGCGAAGGAGCAGGAAACCGCUACAAUUUCUUGACUGAUGAAGACUUCGAUUUUUACGAGAAGUCAAGAAACUGCAGAAACUACGGCAACAAUAAUUAUGGCAACGACAACAGUAACUAUGGCAACAAUAAUUAUGGCAACAAUAAUUAUGGCAACAAUAACUACGGUUUCAGAGAUGAGUGUUUCCGCCUGGCCAAAAUCGAGACAACGAUCGAGUACCCGAGAGACCGCCUCGACGUGAGAGACAUCCGGGAAUGCGAGAUGGAGUGCAAAAGAGCAAGGAGAUUUACCUGUAAAUCAUUUGCCUUCAAGAAAUCGUCAGAAAGAGAGGGAGACUCUGAUAACAGGUACAGCAGCGGCGGGAACUGGGCCAGAGAUAACUGUUAUCUCAGUGACCGCGAGUACAGGGAACUUGGCAAUUACGAACUCUUGCAUGACAGGUCCUUUGAUUUCUACGAGCGACGUCUGUACGAUCGAGAGUGUGGCGUUGACGACAACGGUCACGGCCACGUGGACGAAGGCGGUGACAUGACAGUGAACGGAAUCCAGUGCUAUAGAGGCCGAUGUCGUGAGGACCGCGAGGGAGGCUAUUGGUUCUGCCACACGGACUUCUCUGAGGCUUGGGACUACUGCUGUAGGCCGAGGGAGGUGUGCGGCUACUCCCAGGGCUAUGAUCAAAAGUGGUGCUACGUGGGCUCCGAAGGGCGGGACCAGUGGCGCCCUUGCAAGGGUCAGGGCCGCGACCGAGACUACCUGAAGGAGGAAGACCCGCCCAUGUCAGCAGAAGCCACGACCUUUGACCCCUUCAUGAACAUGACCUCUCUUGAAGUGCUUGACCUCGGGGAUAUCUCAGGUUAAGAGGUCAUGGGGUUUUAUAAGGUUUUUUAAGUUUAAGGAUUGUAUUUUUUUCCUGUUUCUGGUCAUUCAGGGUUUUCGGAUCUUGUAGUGUUGUGUUUUGAUUAUGUGUUGAUUUGUUGUUUAUUUUUGUGUUGUAGUUGUGGUUAUUUUUUUUCUUUUAUAAACUGAACCGGAUUUUUUUUCUAUACGAGUAUAUAUAUUUUUUGGCCGAUAUUUGUGUUUGCUUGUUUGUUUCUGUAUUUUUACCUUUUAUUUUUGUUUUGUUUUUUUUUGUCUUUUUUUCGUUAAAAAAUACGCAAAAAAUGUGAGAUUCCGAAAUUCAAAUUGAAGUCCUUCCUGUCUCCUUUUAAAGUCAAUCAUUUUUGAAGUCAAUCAUUCAUUGAUGUCCGAUUUUUUUUUUUAUCUGUUAACCGGUUCAUGAUCUUAAAAAAAGGAAAAGAAAUAUGUAACACUAUAGUCGAGUGUAGACUAUAGCGAGGUUAUCUAUUCUGUUUCCAGGAAGCUAAUCUUAAACGAUCAUUGUUGAGGAAAAAAACAAUUUUCUUCAACUCCAUACAAAGGCAUAAUUAUUGUCAUAUAAAAGGAAUUUGCUGAACUUAAGGAAUGCUUAGCAAGUAUUUUAGUCUUGAACAAAGAAUAGUAUGCCAUUUUUUCCUCAUUUCAAGUGUUUAACAGCUGUCAUUUCCUGACCAGGGAGUUAAAAAUGCGAGGCUGAAGGUCAGAGCGCUCGAACAGGCAAACUAGAACAGCCCCCCCUGCUAAUUUCUCGUUUUCUUUGGCCGUAAGCAGGUCAUCCACAUUCCAUGCUACCGAAUACCGCCACGAUACUAUUUUUUUUUUUCUUUUUUCUUUUUUUAUCUCAUCAAACUUUCUUCUUCGAAAAGACAGAAACACAAUCCUUUUAAUUUCAUUGUCUUGUUCAAGUUUAUAAUAUACAUUUCCAUGACUGUUUUCGCUGUCCUUUGUGAAGUUGUAUUUGGACUAUAUAUAAAGAAG